AUGGUGGCCGCAGGCCCGUUGUACGUGGGCGGCGGUGACGACGCAUUGAAGCCGGCCGCGCCCUUCCCUGGCGGUGCGGACCAGCAGCUGCAGCAGCUGCAGCAGGUGCAGCCGCAGCCGUUCCAGCUCUUGCAGCAACACCAGCAAGCAGACUUGGUUGGAGGGCGGCCAGCGCGCACGCGCAAGCCGACGGACAAGGUAGCACUGGGCGUCGCAGUCGCAGGCAAGCGUUCGCACGCUGGCUGCAAGGGCAAGGACCCCGCAACCGUAGCGGCUGCUGCGGCAGUGGCGCUGGAGCGCACGGGUGGUGAGACGGGCAGCGGAUGCCACCAGCGUCGCAACUCGUUCACACCGGCACUGCCGUCAGUGCUCGAGCGCGAUGGCGGCGAGGAUGCCGGCGGCAUGGAAAGCCCUCCAAGGGAUGAGAUUGGCGAGGAAGACGAAGAAGAUGACGACAGCGACAAUUACAGUGGCAGCGGCCGUGGCAAGAAGGGCGGCGGCCGACGUGGCGGCGCCAACGGCGGCGGCGCCAGCGGCCGUAACCGCGGCGAGCUGCUAACUCUUGACCCCAAGCGUGUGAAGCGCAUUCUUGCAAACCGCCUCAGCGCCGCACGCUCCAAGGAGCGGCGCGUCAAAUACACGCUGGAGCUGGAGGCCAAGGUUCAGGCGCUGGAUGGCGACCUGGCGCGCCUCUCAAACGAGCUGGAAUCCACGCGUGCACGCGCUGCGGCCGCACAGCGCGCGCAGGCUGAGGCGGACGGCCGCGCUCUGGGGCUGCAGCAGGUGCUGGCACACGCGAGUGCCGCCAACCAGGCGCUGGCGGCUGAGGUGCGGGAGCUGCAGCGCUGUCUGGGGCUGCCGGAGCAGCUGCCGUCCCUGACAGCACCGUCGCUAGCAGUUGCAGCGCCUGGCGCCUCGCCGCCGCAGUCCACGCAGGCUCAGCAGGAUCAGCAUCAGCAGCAGCCUGUGCAGCAGGAGCAGCAGAGUGGCCAAACCGCGUUGGUCAUCAAGCAGCAGCAGCCCGCGUUGCUGGGUGACGAGGACGGCGACGUGGAAAUGCUGGCGGAGCUGCUGGGUGUGACGGGCUCGCCGCUGCCUCAUGAGCGCAGCGGCGCUGCCAGCGGGGUGGCCCCACUCUCGCCAGCAAGUGCGAACACUUCUGCUGGCGCUCACUACAAUCACCAUCAGCCGCAUCAGCAGCUCCAGGUGCAGGGAUGGUUGGCCUCCAUGAGCGGCCAUAGCGUGCCAAGCUCACCGCCGCCGACGGGCAUUGCAGGGCGCGGCGGCCUGCACCCCCCGCGGCCGCUGCUGGCAACGCUCUCGGAGCCGCUUGGCGAGCGCAUUGCAAUCCCAGACGAAGCCUCCACCACCCCGUCGUGGUCAGGCAUGUGCACCACACCUGCUGGGGCGGCGGGCCGCGCCUCGAACAUCGCGGCGCUGCCCCCUUGCCUGCAGGCGCAGCCGCUCCUGCAGCAGCAGCCUGGACUGCCGCACGAGCCAAGCGGCAGCCAGCCUCUUGCGUUUGGCGCCGCGCCGCAGCCGCAGCGGCCGUCAGGCUCCCAGCACCAGCGGUCCGCAAGCGCGGGGAGCAUAUCCCCGCUGGCAAGCGAUGCGGGGGCCCUGGUUUAUGGCAGUGGCAUGGCAGCGACUUCCUUCGUGCAGCUCAAGCCAGGGGCAGUGGUGUUCGGCGCGGCACCUCUUCAACUGCCACAACAAGCGGAUACAGGCGGGCGGUUUAUGACUGUCACGACGCCGGGGCCUGCAGGGACCCCGUCCACCAACAUCACAGCAGGCGCUGCGCUCGCUCCAGAGGCACUGCUUGGGCCGGGCGCUGUGCCACUGGCGCCGUUUGGUGGCCUGUGA